GUGGUAGAAUGAAGCUACCAAAUAUUUUGAUUGUUGUCAUCUAUUGUAGGCGGGUAUGGCAGAUAGUUUUACAAGUUCUGGAACAAGACAACAAAUAAAUAAACCCGACCAAUCGAUAUACACAGUAGUGUCAGGUGUCAACUGUUGAAAGAGAGUGACUUUUAAAUCACUGAGGUUACAACGCGAGGUUUAAUACACGCGACAUAUGUCAGUUUCUUUACUGCAGUUUUGUGGACUGUAAACUUGGCUAAAUUAUUUACACUACGUAGAAGAGCGAACAUUAGAACCAGGCUUAUAUAUAUAUAGAUAUAGGGUAACUCUGUUCUUAAGUUCGCUAGAAUAAUAGCUCUUGUUGUGUAAGCAUGCUUCAACAUAAACCUACGAAUAUGAUACCUACAGUGUCGCCAGCACAAGAUAUUAUAACUCAACGGAUAAAGAUGCAACAUUCGCCCAUAUUACCCCCAUUCACACCACACUCGAAACUUCGAUCUAAUUCACAGAACAGAGGAGUCAGUCCUUGGAAACAAGUCAGUCAAACCGUUGAAAGAUUCCCACCUUUAAAAACAUGGAAGGAAGAUUCACGAGAUGAUGUUUAUCUUAAUUCUGCAACUAUUAUGCAUCCCUUUAAAGCCACCAGUGGGCAGUAUAAGUCUUUCCGUUCGACGACAGUCCUGCGCUCUGUCCCCAUCAUGAGGCGACACUUGGAUACGUUCGGAGGUCGCACAUUCUCGCUACCAGCAAAGACAAAACCAGUUCCUUUCCACACCGGACGUUUUAUUUACGACCCUAAUAACCGACCAGCUUUCGUUGAAGAACUCACCCAGAACCAACGUCUGCAAGCGGAGAUGGCCAUGGUGGAAAAAGUUCGAGGAUUGAAGAGGAAACGGGAGGCCAUGGAACAUAGGUGGGGCUGGAGAAAACUAGAUUUAUCCGGUAUUGAAAUGACAAGAGAGCAAAGGUACAGCAUCAAUGCUGAGGUCCAGAAACUUAAGGAGUUGAUCUUACCGACACAUGCGAGAGAUAUCUACACGGGACGUGGUAUCAGGAUGCCGGAUACUCAUCAUACAAUGAGACCUUCAAGAGCUAGGCAAGAUGACCCACCCAACCCCCCACCCCCCUCUGCUAUGGUGGGGGGACAACAUGAACCUCCAAGAAGGCCCACACCCCCCUACACAAGGCCCCAGCCCGGGGCAGGAUGGAACGCUCAGUCACGAGAACCUUAUCGGGUUCAACCGCAGUCAAGCGUCGAUUUAGUUGUACAGAGUGUUCCAGUUCCAGGUAUAUCUGCGUCUCCGGCUCCUAAGACCGCACAAGAUCCUGACAACACAAAAGAAGCCAACUUCCCCCAACCUCAACCAACACCAGUAAUGAAAAUGCACGAACCAGUUGAACAAAUACAAGUUGUUGAACCACAGGGUGUCGCUGUUGAGGAAGAUGAUGCGGAAAAGGUAACACCUUCUCCUGCCGUUGCCGACACCCCUGACCAUCGUUCCCGUUCCAUGGCUGCCCCGAGUGCCAGCCCCGAUGGUAAGGUUCAUUUUAACCCACUUGUGACGUCAUCAGGGGUUGAUGACGUCACUCCAAUAUCAGAAGAACUGCAGGAGAUGAAGGAAAGUUACUCGAAACUGGACGAGAAUAAUGCAGGACACAUUUCAUUUGAAAAGUUAAUCACGUCAUUUCCGAGUCAACUCUCUCCCUGCCAGAUGCGGUUUCUUCACUGCCUUUAUGACAUCACAACGCAAAAUCAACUUUUUGGCGCGGAUGAAUUUAUUGCCAUGAACAAUUUGUCGCGGAGUAUCACGAAAUUGAGGUGAGAAAAAAAAUCAUUAAAAUUUCACAGCGCGUAAUUCGAUACAGUAGCAGAAGUUCAAAAGUUGAAAUAUUUUUCAUAAAUCGAAUCGCAUUAACUGUACACGUCAUCGCCAGCGGCACAAUUACGUAACAUAUUACGUCAUCACGGAUAUACGUAUAAAAAAGCGUUUCUGAUCAACGAAUAACACUGGGUUGGAAAAAGGUAAAGAUGGGGUUAGGAAUUGUAAAACAUUCAUGUUUCUGAUUAUGCUUGUUAUACGUGAGGUCCCCGGGUUCGAAUCCCAGCCUGGUCAGGUCCAGCAGGACGAUUCUUCUAUCUUAGACGAGCGAUACGAUCCCAGCGCUGAAGUUUGAGUGUCUAGAAUGUUUCUUAGUAAAUUCGCAGUGACCACCAAAGCAACGUAUGUCACUUGUAGUGUGUUUAUAAUUAUAAA